UGUCAGAGACAGCAACUAUAUAUUUAUAAUAAUUGGUUAGCGUUUUUUUUCCCAUUGUCCAAGUUUUCAGAAAAUAAAAUCGGAAAGAUAAUUUCAUUUUGUUAAAAUGUUUUCUAUUUACUAAAUAGUCAAAAUAACAUUAUUAAUACAGAUUUAUAGUUUUAAAAACUAUUUAAAAUAAUAUGUUGUUAUAUUAUGUUGGAUACUAAAACAACUUAUCCUCUCUGGAAAAGUGAGAAAAUUAUUUAUUCAUUGUUAAUAAUCAGAAUGUGGGCUCAUUUCUCCGAAUUCCAACUAUAUUAUUUAACUUUUUUUAAUAAAAUAAAUCUCUCUGAACUAAAAUCAAAUUUAUAAUUUGAAAAUUUCAAAUUUAUGAUUUUCAAGUUCCUAUGUUUUUAGUAACCAAGAGUUUAACGACUAUUCUUCUUUUGUUAGAUUUUUGUAUAACUAUCGUAUUUUUAUUUUAUGUUAUUUAAAGCUUGAAUUAGGUAUGGACAUUCGGAUCCUCGGUUCGGGUUUGGAUCCCGGGUCCAGAUUUUUUGUAUCUUAGAUAUUAGGAUUCAAUAGAAUAAUUAAAACUUAUCGGUUUGGGAUCGGUUCGGAUCAUUUCGGGUCCGGAUCGGUUCGAAUCCAGUUGACUAGAAACCAAUAAUACACGUUAUUUUUUUGUUCUUAAAAGUUUUGGGUAUUUAGGGCUCGAAAACCCAAAAUACCCUAAAUCUGAAAAUACCCGAAAACCCCUAAAAUACCCAAACAAUAUUCAAAUACCCUAACAAUAUCCAAAAUCUUACCAAAAGUCUGACCCAAAGACCUGGAAACUACCCAUGAUUAAAUCCGAUUACCCAAAUUAUAUUUUUGAAAAUCUAAAAUUUUACCCAAAACUCAAAACCAUACAUGAAAACUCGAACACAAAAUUUUUAAAAAUGUAUGUACUACCAAAAAGAUACCAAAACACCCAUAUAAACCUAAUAAAAAAAAAUGGGCAUUUUGAGUAUUCUAUCGAAUUUUGGGUUCGGUUUGGGUCGGAUCCAAAACUCGCAUAUCCUCCACAAUAAAAUCUAAUGGAGUAAAAUGGCAUUACUCGUACCCAAUCUAAAUCAGGUUUUUAAUCAGUUCUUGUUGGUUUUUUUUAAUCCGGAUAAAAUACUCAGGCCUAGUUUGAAUUGUGCACUCGAAUUCGAAAUUUGUAUGCGUAAUUAUGGCGCAAAGAUUGAAAAUGCCAUCUAACAGAAAAUGGAAAGCAAAACACAUUAUAAAACCAAGUAAUUAUUUGUGUAUAGCUAAUCUAAUUCAUGAAUCUAAUUUUUUUUUUCUUAGCAUCUCAUGAAUAAUUUAACCGAUAGCUUUCUUAAAUUUAAAAUACCAUUAACACUCAGUUAAGAAUUUUCACAAAGGGUGCGCAAAACAUAGCUACCGCCUAAUAUUCCUAUGGCUGUGUAAUGAAAUAAAUCCUAAAGAAAAUUCGACUUGACCACUAAUGUUUGAAGAUCGAUAGGCAUUGGUUUGGAGUCGGUUUUUGCAACUCGUUCUUAAUAUUCUUUUAUAUUUAGUCUAUACUUUAUCAUCUUGUAAAUGACAAUCCAAUCUUUAUCAAUAAAUUAGAAAUUUCAUCAAAAAAAGUCCUAACGAAAUCAUAAAAUGUGCAAUAAUUAUUUUUAUUCCACAUCAUAAUCCACAUCAUAAUCCGUACCUAUAUUUUUAUUCUUAGCCUGUUUAAAACAAAUUGUGAAGACUGUUACAGAUUACUAGAUAAUAUAUUUUCCUUUUUCUUCUUCGGCCUCACCAUCGUGGGAAUGUUUCAAAUGUCGUCACCAUUAAUCCCAACAUUAAUAACAAGGUGACGUUUCAUUCUCCCAACUGCUACGUCAAAAGAAAUGCGACUCUUAUCGAUCAAGAAAAAAUCAAAGUCUUAACAUUAUUUUAUCUAGACUUUUUAUUGUUAUAAAACAAUGGUUUGAAAGACCAACAUUGAGAUUAGGGCUUUCGUAUUGUUUUAUUUCCGAACUUCACUCUUCAACCUCUGCCUCACGUAAUUAAUAAUUCGAUCUAUUAUAUAGUAUCAGUGAUUUGCUUCAAUAAAUCUGUAAUAUGUUCCCAUUGUAGAUAUUUUGUUUUCUUCAAUUAUGAUAAACAACCCCAAUUACCUAUUUAAUAAAAAAGAUUUACAUAAUUUAGUAAUGACUUUAAAAAGAACCUUUCAUAUAAAAUUACAGCUUGAUUUUUUUAAACUGUAGAUUAAGGUUGAUCUUGCAUAAAUUCGUAAUUCAACUCUUUUAAUUGAAGUCCCAGAUUUUUUUUCCAAAAAAUGGUAUUCUAACAAAUAAUUCAGGCUAAACUCGGAUCAGGCAGUGUAUACGUUUCCGGGCUAGUCCACUAUUUAGUACUAAGUGCGUUGUUCUUGAGUUCGACCAAAUUAGUCGAUAUGGCUUAUAAAAAAAAUCAGACAAAACAAAAAUUAUUUGUUUUAAACAUAAAUAUUUGCAUUAGUAUUUUGUCCACUAAUUAAAAAAAAAUCGAUACAUCAACAACUCCAAGGUUUUGUUUGUUUAGAAAAAUGCUUACGAUAAUUUAUUUAAUACUAACGUUUUGUAUAUAUAACUAGACUUUACCAUAUGUUUUUUUUCAACAAAAGGCUACUCUAGCCUAAGAAGAUUCCGAAUCCGCUAGCUAUGACAGCGGAACUGAGUCAACAUUAAUCAUAGCCGAUGACAGACUUCUAGAAGCACAUGCUAACUAGUUAGCCAUUGUGUUUUUUGUCCUUAGAAUGUGUGGGAUUGUAAAAUUUGGGAAAAAACGCUUACAUGGGAAAAACUACUCCAUAUAUGUAGUGAAAGUCGGCCAUUCUGUUGGUGUAGACACCAUCUUCACCAGUUGAGAACAGUCUGUUGCAAACACCACUCUGAAAACUGUAGAGUUUUCAUACAUUUCAUUGCUUAAAUCAACGCUUCACAUUCGGCAUGUAAAAGCGAUAGACUUCUACGGUGGCUCUCAUCAAUAUGUUUUUAAUAAUAUUAAUAUGAAAACCCUAUUAGUUAGUAUAUAUAAAGCUCAUUAGUUUGCGUAGAAUGUGGUUUAUAAGCUUUUAUAACCAGAAUAUGUAAGACCAAAAACCAGACUAAUUUCCAGAGAACUUGUAUGUGAUUUAUCUUUUCGCAAAUAUAAUUUAAACAGAAGGUCAUGUUCUUAUGCCGUCCAACAAAAUUAUUCAUAUAUUAUAAGCGUAAGAGCUGAGGCGCAUGAACUAUUAGCUUUAUCUCCUCCCGAAAGGUUAAUCAAUGACUCCCUCUCUCCACGUCUACAUAAACCCUCUUUUUCAUUUGGCCUUCCACUCAUAUGCAAACAAACAUAUAUAAAUAUAAAAUGAAGCCACAAAAGUAUUGCAUUACAACAUAACCCUAACACAGUUGUAUGUCGACUUAGUCUCUCAUCUUCCCCGAGAAAGAGAGAGACAAAAAACGACUUUUAUUGGCCUAUACAUAUUUCGGAUAUACCUUUUGCCGGUCCUCAUACGUGCAUUAUCGAUAUAUAUCAAUAAGCUGCAAACACAAAAUAUGGGAUUAAUGGAGGCAAGAUGGGAAAACAUAGUUCCAUUUAUAGCUAUGGCGUUGAUGGAGGCAUGUACCAUUGCACUCACCAUCUUGGCUAAGACAGCAUUAACCGGUGGCAUGAGCCCUUUUGUGUUCAUCGUCUAUACCAAUGCUCUUGGCUCUCUCCUUCUCCUCCCUUACUCGUUCUUCUUCCAUAGAGAUGAAAGGGACGACGAACCGUUCCUCACGAAGCCUUCCGUUGUUCGAAUCUUCCUACUCGGGUUUACAGGGGUGUUUCUGUACCAAAACUUGGCAUUUUUGGGGCUAAGUUAUAGCUCUCCAAUUGUGGUAUGUGCUAUGGGCUUGCAAUCACCUGCUUUCUCCUUUUUGCUCUCUAUUGCUCUUGGGGAAGGAGGGUUAGGGUGGGAAUGUAAGAGAACAAGAGGAAGAGUGAUAGGCACGUUGAUAUGCUUCACAGGAGCCUUUGUAGAAGUUAUUUACUUAGGCCCUUUUAUUAGACCUUCUCCUUCUUCUUCUCCAAACUCCAAUUUCCUCACUACAAUCUCACACUACUUGACUUUCUUCAAGAACUCUGACAAUUGGGCUCUUGGCUCACUCUUUCUAGCAUGUGCCACACUCUCUAUCUCCAUCUGGAAUAUCAUACAGUUGGACACCGUCCAGAAAUAUCCUCAAGUGAUGAAAGUAGUGUCUGCCUAUAGCUUAGCUGGGACACUACAAUGUGCAAUCUUCUCAGCGUUCAUGGAACCAGACUUAAGUGCAUGGAAACUCGAACUUAACAUGGAUUUCUAUCUUAUUAUUGCCACGGGUAUAUUUGGGAGCAUAAUAAGAACAAGUGUUCAAGUGAAGUGUUCAAAAAUGAAAGGGCCUUAUUAUGUGCCAUUAUUUAAGCCAUUUGGGAUCCUUUGGGCUUCAAUUUUCGGCACAAGCUUCUUUGUCAAUAGUCUUCACUAUGGAAGUGUGUUAGGAGCGGCAAUAGCAGGAACCGGAUAUCUAUUGAUAAUGUGGAGUCAAGUUCAAAGAGAUGUUCAGAAGGAUAUGGUGGAGGAAAAAGCUAAUCAUCAGUUGGAUUCAGAUGAUCAGAUAACGCCACUUUUGCUCGGAAAUGAUGAUGUCGAUCAAGUUUAAUCCAAAAGGAUUGUUUGCAGAUUAGUUAUAAUGUGUGUGUAUAUUAAAUAUGAAGUAAAUCGAAAGAAUAAACAAAAAAAAAAA